AUGUGGGUCAUGAAUGAACUGAUGGAAAAUCUGGAGAAUGGAGUUCCACCUAUUCAGCUUUGCCUUCACAUGCGGGACUUUGAAGCCGGAAAAUCCAUCACCUCCAACAUUAUUGAUGAAGGAAUAAUGGGUAGCCGUAAAGUCAUCGUGGUUGUGUCUCAACACUUCAUUAACAGUGACUGGUGUCGCUUUGAGUUUGAAAUAGCUCAGUCCUGGUUUGUGAUGGAACGCAAUGCCAACAUCAUCAUCAUCAUUCUGGAAGAUGUGGAGGAGAUGAAGACUAAGAAAGUGUUUGGUCUUCAUAAACAUCUGAAAAAUAACACAUUUCUGAGGUGGAGUAGAGACCCGCUGAGUAAAAUGAGAUUCUGGAUUCGACUUCGGAAAGCGAUUAUUGCCACAAAAUAA